UUGAUCUUGAGGAUAAUGACGGGGAAACCGGGGAUUAUAUCAGUAACAUAAUAAAGUUGGAAUCGGUACAGGCCUCAUUGUUUCCGGAAGCUUAGAAUUCAGCAACGAAUUGGAUAUCUUGGUUUACUCUGGAAUAAUAUCGCUAUUAUUUUCAAUUGGAUUCUUCAUCAUGUGGAUGGCAUGCCAGAUUGAAGUUAUGGACGAAUGUAUUUGUUUUCUGGAGGAAUCUUCUACCAAGGAAAAUAUUGAAGAAUCUUUGCUAAAGCGUAACGUGUCCAUUUCCGAAUUCGACAGUUCACAGACUCCAGUUUCAAAUUUACUAACUUCACCAACGAAUUCAUCCAUCUCAUCGAUAGAGGUUGGCACUAUCUUGAAGACUUCUAGUUUAAUAUCUGAGCUGUCCGAGGAUAUUGAGCAAUCAUGUACAAACGAAUCAACAAAUCAGCCUCUACAAUUACAGGAGGAAAGUGAUGCAAUAUGCGUGAUAGAUGAGCGAACAUCACAGUCUCGGAGUAUCUUUUCAAGAGCGACCAGAGUAUUCCCGAUGGAAGUUCCCGCGCAAAAUGAGAAGACUCUUAUCAGCACUCGCAAAGAUUCACAUUCACACAUCGAUGAAUCCGAAUUAAAAACGAUCAAACCCGAAGAACUGUCAUUUCCCCGUACAAAUUUUUCACAGAAAUCAAAUACAACUAUUCUUGAACCAAUUCCAAGAAGCGAACCACAUCACAUUGAAUUGCCUGCAGAUCUGGGGCUGGUUGGAAACCCGAUAGCUCCAAUUGAGAGACCUAGUCGCCUACCACCGAUAAAUUUUGGAACAAUUCACAAAUAAAUAUGAGACAUUGUUCCCCUCAUUCAAAGCAAUAAAACCAGCUUGACUGCGGUAUUUUGUCAAUUCCGGGAUAACUAUGAACCAUUGUAUCGUGUAAGCACAAUCAUAUCAAAUUGAUUGAAUUUCGGUGAUUCGGUAAAAAUUUGUAAAUCGGGUUUAGCUCAGUUCUUUGAAUUGGGAAAAAAAAGUAGAUCAUGACAAUCCA